CUGCAGAGUCAAUUGCGCGUCGCAAAAGGUUCAAAUAUAAGCAACACAAGCUUAUCCAACCUCCAAAAACAAAUCACACUAAGCUGACAAUGAUUGAGCGCGCGUUCGCAGUAGGCGCUCUCACAGCCCUGCGAGGUGACUAUGCAACCCAACGCGAUUUGGCAACCACAAUGGGCUGCGCGCAGUCAAGUCUUUCAGACCUUCUCCAUCAGGUAGAGGCAAAGGCAAAUAAUCAUAGUGUCGCUCUAUGGGACAAAAUUUUGUAUAAGAAUGAUUUAGGACGUAGGAGGAGUCAGUUGUUGACCCAGAAACAGAAGGACACAAUCAUCCAGAUUGCGACGGCCUCACGCGACGCACGUGAGAGAGAGAGCUGGCAGGCUAUUGAAAAUGGCGAUUUCAAAGUCGUUGUACCUGAAAUAAGCGUAGUUAACAACGUUUAAAAACGGCAUGUAUGAGGAGGCUAGGUACGCACAGCGCUACCUAGGUUAGAAGCCUCACCUUGAUGCUGAACAAGAG